UGCCAGCCACCAGUAAACCCAAACAGGAAGACGAAGGGCGACAGGACGCAGAGCUGCACUUUGAUACUGUUUCAGAUGCGAACUCAAAAGUUAAUUUAUGUAAGCAGAAAAACAACAAGAAUGCUCCUUUUUGCGUGUGUUGUGAUAAGAUGCUAAUAACUUUGUGCUACGUGUACUUGUGGGUGCGCUUUCACAAGUGCUACUCGGUGCUCAUCCGCAGCGGUCUGUCCAGGCUGAACAGCCGCAGCUUCAGCUUCAGCGUCUGCUCCUGCUCGGCCUCAGAACCGGCACCGCCGGCCGGACACCACUCAGCUGGACGUCGGCAGCAUAGCUUACUUCCACUCGAGGACAACGUCUUUCUCCAGCUGGGAAACAAGGCAGUCUACGUCACAGAGCCGAAGGCAUGUGAUGACCUUAGCAAAUGGACUGCUCUUUUGGGGUCCUCUCUGGCUUGUGGUCCACAAAUAGAAAAUAUUUCAUUCAUCAUAGAAGCUACAGGAAACAGAGUGGGCUACCCUUCUCCUCACACAUCGAAUGAGAAAGUCCUGAAGUGGUCUGACUACUGCCUACCUCUGGCCAGUUGCCCUGGCCAGCCAUUCAGGGCAGUGGCUCAGGCCAGUGUAGAUAACUUUAGUCGGCUUGGUGUAGCUUUUAUUGAAGAUCGCCUCCAGUUGGACAAUGGACUCAUCCCUUCAAAGAUAGUCCCUGUCCUACUUCAUGAUUCCACUCUCAGUGAGCUGCUGGAGAAGCAGCGUCCACAGAGCCCAAAGACUGUGACGUCACUAUUUCUGGCCAGCGCCCAGAAUGAAAAGGUUGUUCCUGAGCCAUUCCUGCAUCAUCUGCCAGCUGACUACCAGCACAUGCAGUGCCGUAAAGGCAGCCUUCUCCUCAUCCCAGAAGUAAAGAAGAGUUUAGAGGAGCGACGAGGAUCAGAGCCGCUUCUUUGCACCAAGGAUCAAGGACUGAUUGGUGACUUGGAGAAUCAUCACCACAUGGAGGGCCAUGGACACCAUCUUCAUCUGUCCAGCUGCCAUGAAUGUUUGGAACUGGAGAACAGUACCAUUCUCUCUGUCAAAUAUGCCUCAGCUGACAACAUUCCAGACCUUCCUGAUGAUAAAUCAGUAGGGCUGGAUAGUGAGGAUGAGUGUCUGGAUGAACUUGAGCAAGAUGCUAAAGUGUCUUUUGGUCAGAGUGGACUUGACUGCAACAGCAAACCACCAAAUGUUCUAGUGUACACAGGUGGUUGUCAGGAGCGUUUUCAGGUAGUUCACCAGCUUUUAUCAGAGUGUAUAAACAUGGAAAACAACAUAAUAUAUCCCCUCCAGCCUCAACAGGCAUUGAGUGAUCCUUGGCUGGAAAACACUCGGCUGCUGGUACUGGCAGAAGAGGAAAACCUAAGCCCCCAGCUUCAGACUCGCUUUCUCACCUACCUGAGCCAGGGUGGCAAGGUCCUGGGACUAGCUUCCACCCUGUGCCCUGCAGGCCUCUGUCUGGAAGUUAGGGAGGAGCAACACAUGCAGAUCAGCAGAAUGAGCUUCACCAGAGAAGACAGCACAGAGCUGGAACUGAGCAUGUUGGCAAGUGGAAAGGUCUACAUCAGGGAUUCUCAGGGAGGUGGCGAAGUGGAGCUCUGGGGGGAGCUGAAAGGAGACAUCUCUCAUCAACGGGAUAUGGUUAUUGUCAGGGUAACCCACAGUGGGGAUGACGGGGAAGCUGUCCUUUGUCAGGUCCACUUUGAAAUUGCAGCUGACUGUCAGAAUUUGACGCCAGAAGAUUUUGAUACACAAAAGCUCAGCAACGCACUGCGUUGUGAAGUGUUGACAGAGAUUCUCACUUCUCUGGGCCUCGACUGUGAACUAAACCAGACUCUAGCACCAAGCCCAGUACACCUGCUGGCCACCUCUCAGGAGGCUAAGACCACCUUCCUGAAGUGGCUGCACACACACGCAGAUGGAGAUGGCAUCCUUACUAUUUCCAAGGCUUCUCUCAGGCUAGCAUCCAAUUUGGAGUUCCAGGAUGGUCCUUUGCUUCCUGAGGGCUCCCUGGCCCUCCUUACUGACUCGUCAGACUCCCAGAGCUGGCCACAGUUCAGUAUGGAGAUCUACAGCAAGAACCUAAAGACCAACCUUCUAGGACACACCCUGCUGUUUGCUGAGGUCGCCACUUCAACCAUGGACCUGCUUGAAGGGCUGAUUCUGCACAUACCAAAGGAUGUGGGUUUAAUAGCAGUAGCAGCUCAGCAAAGCCAAGGAAGAGGUCGUGGCAAGAAUGCCUGGCUUAGCCCUCUGGGUUGUGCCAUGUUCACUCUGAGGGUCCAGAUUGAGUUGAGCUCCAGGCUUGGACAGAAGAUUCCCUUCCUGCAGCAUCUGGCUGCUCUAGCCAUUGUGGAGGCAGUUCGCACACUUCCCGGAUACCAGGACAUCAACCUGCGGGUGAAGUGGCCCAAUGACAUCUACCACGGUAACUUGAUGAAGCUUGGGGGAGUACUGGUGACUUCCACUGUCAUGGGAUCAACUUUUCAUCUGCUCAUAGGCUGUGGAUUCAAUGUGACAAACAGCAGCCCAACAGUGUGCAUCAAUGACCUGAUCAAGCAGUACAACAUACAGCAUAACUGCAGCCUGCAGCCGCUUCGCUGUGACCAGCUCAUUGCUCGGACCGUGAAUUGCCUGGAGUCCCUAAUCAACAGUUUCCAACGAGGUGGCCCAGAUGCUGUCCUCCCCACCUACUAUAAGAGAUGGCUUCACAGUGGAACUACAGUGCGGCUGUGGACUGAGGAAGGCCUGGAGGCUCAAGUGGUGGGUCUGGACCAAAAUGGCUUCCUUCAAGUCCACAGCAAGGACCAGGGAGUGGUCUCAGUAGAGCCUGAUGGAAACUCAUUUGACAUGAUGAAGAACCUACUCGUCAUCAAGCAGCGUUAGGAAGAAACUCAACCAAGUAUGGAAUCACCAUCUAUUACAACACACUGAAUCAACAACCAAAUAAUUUAGUCUGACAGAAAAGUGUAUGUCCAGGUUUUCUUUCUCACUGAUAAUCACUAAAUAUUUUUCAUGUAUAAAGUCAGAUUCUUGUUCAGCUUCUCUUCAUGUUCACCUGACCUACAUUUGAAGUGACUGGUUGAAUGAAAUGAAAAGCAGGUACAUAUGGUGACAUCUGCAACAGAAAUGGGUCGAUACUACCAGUUUAUUUAUGACCUGCUGGUUUUGAACCACCAAAUAAUAUCCAUUUCUUACAGCUUGUACUAAUUUCUGGGAAGACUAUAUCUUGUACCCUUAUCUUAUUUCGGAGAUACACAAGAUAUGUGCUUAAUUGCAGCUUGCGCUGUUGUUUCUGUAAACAAAAUAAAGACUUGUGCAAAAACA